AAAAAAAAAACUUCGAACUGGGUAGUUUUGUCGAACAGUUGGUGUCCAUCACUAGAACACCGAUCACCGAUGAGAGGCGUCACACCCAUAAACCCUCAGAAGAAGAUAGAAGCUGAUUCGAAUCCCGUCAAAGAAUCUGAUUACUAUGAAGGCGAACGUCUUACUCAUCUACUCGACUUGAUUCAGAGAGGAAUUGAGACGUCCAAGCUUUCGAAUGUGAACUCAUUACCUGAGAAGAUAUGGCUCAAGAAGCAAAUAGCGAUUGGGAUCAACGAAGUCACUCGAGUUCUUGAGAGGAUGAAUCCCAACAAUACUAGUGACCAACAACAAAACCCUAAACAACUUCAGGUAGUGAUUUUAGUAGCAGAUUGUAAACCGAGGAUGCUGACCAAGCAUAUACCCAACUUAGCUGCUUCGAGAAACGUUCCGGUUCUCUAUGUAAGGGACAACAAACGAGCCUCUCUCAGAUUAGGUGAGUUGGUUAAGCUCAAGACGGCUCUAGCCAUCGGUAUCAAGGCUAGAGGAAAUGAUCUCAACCUACUACUUAAACAGAUUCUUCCGAGAGAUUCUUGAUCCUGUAAGAGAAGGAAGUUUUCUUUGAUCUGGUUUUGAUGUGAUCCUUUCUCAAUGUACUAGUAGUAGUAUAUACAGAUAAAUGAGAUUGACAACAAAUUUAGUGA